AUGGAUGAAGAUGAGGCCAGUCCCUUCUUACCCUCAGUAUUACAAUCUAUGAAUCCUCUCGACGAGGACUGCAGAAGCCGAGGAACUCUCAAGUACCUCCCAACAUCCCCCUCUGUUGUCCUCAUAUUUUUCAUGGAAUCGAGUGAUGGUCGAAUUUUGGGACAAACGCGUAUAACUGCACAUGAGAGGAAAAUGGGAGCAAAAGCAAGCGGGGAGGAGGCGAGCAGAAAAUUCGAACCUGGUAACUGGAUCGCCCUCUCCCUUACCUAG